AUGAAUGUAAACCAGGAAGGCUCCGCCCUCAUCGACUUGAGAUACCACUAUUAUCUUGCCCCGUGGUCUGCGUCCAGGCCCACCAACUCAAUCACACAAACCAUUGCACACACAAAGAUCCAGACUCUGGUCGGAGAAAUCCUUGACCUACAGGCUCAGAGUACAAAUUAUCCCCACGACCAGGAAAACGUAUUUGAAAACGAGUCCACACUGCUACCAAUACCUGCAAUGGCUGGCUAUGCCAUUGGAAACAUCUUCUUGGCUACACAGUAUAUCCUUUCGUUGAUUGCUAGCAACAAUCAGAAUACAAGAAAACUUUAUUUCCACCAAUAUGAAGCUGGCUUGGCGGGGCUUCUCGGGUUGGGGAUCCUGGGAACGGUGGUUUUCGAAUGGCUUUUGGACUCGAAGGAGCUGACCUCAAUGAAAGAGGCUCUGUACUGGGGGUGGAAUCUAAUCUUGACAGCCAUUUUUCUGGAGUCUUGCUGUCUUCUUAGUGGCUGGCUUCCUCUAUUGUUUUGCAUAAUCGUGGUUUUUGUAACUGGUUUCGUCGUAGGAACGGAGUAUAGCAAUUGCGGCACCAUGAUGAAGACUUUGAAUCAGAUUUAA